CAAUCAUGAUGACAUCAUCAUCCCACCAGAGCGGGGAAGGAAGAAGCUCCGCGAAGUCCGGCGCGGCGGCGAGCACGAGAUGGUGGUGCUCCACGUCAGGUGGGCUGCAGCCUCCUCCUCCUCCUCGCCGCCGCCACCGUCAUCGCCGGAGGAGGAAGAGAUGGAGUUCCUCCACGAGUGCGCCGCCUCCACCCCCGUCGAGGACGUGGCGGCCGCGCUCGCCGGCGUCGCGGCACUCCAGGCCCGCCUGCUCUCCCUCUGCCGCUCCCUUCGAGAGAGGGGCGCGGCGGCGGCAGCAGCGGCGGGUGAGGUCGAGAGGGCGGUGGCGGAGGCUGAAUCCUACGCCUCCAAGGAGCAAGUGCGGUACAACAGAUUCUUAUCCCCUCGUGCUCUAAGGGAGCAUAUCAAGAACAUCGAAAAGACAGCUGUUACCGCUCUACAGGAGUCUCCUGAAGCGUUGUGCCUGCAACAGAAAUCAUCAGGCGACAAGCUUGAGAAUGUUCAACUUUGGUGGGCUGGAAAAGAGCUGGCCAUGGGCAAGAAGUUAUGUGACUAUAUUGGUGUUAAUGACAAAACAAAGAUUAUCAUCAGGUUAAAGCAUGUUCCUCAAUCCUCAUGAGCUUUGAGUGUGCUUCAACUACCCUUCAUUGUUCCUGCAGAGUUAGUUUACUUUUGUUUUUGGGUAGUAUGCUAGUAGUAUGCAAGUUAUCCCCGUUGUAAAUUAUUAUUCAUCUUCUUCAGAAAACUCCUAUUUUUAUCUGUGCCAUUGAAAACCUGUAUAGACACCUUAACUGUAACAUUUUCUUUUGAUAUCUUAGUAUUCAAUUUUGUCUUCAA